UUUCUCUGUCCAUUACAGACGCCGCCAAAAUGGUCAAGCGUCUGAAGUUGAUGACAGAGGCCAAAGAGAGAGAGCAAGCUGUGGUGCCCAGUGUUAAGAUCGACAUAGGUGGAGGAGUCCUUGUGGAGGAGACGGUUCUGGCCCAGCUCACAACGGCCUGCCAUGGGGGGCCCGGGAAAUUCGCAAGGGCCUUGCUGCGCCAUGUUUUUACGGAGGAGGAGCUAGUCGGCCGCUCACUCUUUGGUACCAAAAAUACCAAGGGGCAAAAAGAGGCCCUUGACCCGACCAGGGUCAACGCUGUGAUAGGAGAGUUGCGCACAGGAAUUACCCUCGAGGGAGGAGAGAUAUGA